AUGAAUGAUUGGGUGGGCCCCGACGUCAAUGUGGUGGGACUACUACAGAUCCCACCCAGCGAUGGAUUCCCACUGUCUGAGAGCUCACACUUCUUUGGUAAGCAAUGACUAGCCUGGUCCCAGAUCAGUACUGUAUGUGCUUCAUCCAACUCCUCUGCCUAUUUUUGUCAUGCAAUACAUAAUAUGCAGUGUACCAUAUUAUAUACAGUAUAUGCACAUGGCAUGCCAAUGAUAGUUAGGAGAGUUGGCACAUGCAGAUCUGGGAUCAGGCGAUCCAGUUGCCACCUAUGACACACAUUACCCCUCAGUCAGUUGCAGCCAGUCACACAGGCCAGAUGUGAAAGCGACUUUACACAUUACCAAACCAACUACCUUAUUGAUGGGCAGAAAUGUGACAGUCAGGUUAAUAAGUAGCCGUGAAAACCUUUGCUCCCCUUUGGCAUUCCUGAGUCAGUCCUCAAGCAAGCACAAAACUGUUCUGUUUUAGGACUAUUGAACCAGCAUUUUUAUGGAGAAUUUAAUUUUCAGAAAACAAUAGAGGGAGUUAUGCUGAAGUAGAAGAAGUAACGGUAAGUGUAGAGCCGCAGAGGGGGAUUACUUUUCAGGUGGUCAGAGAAAGAAAGAGGGAGAGAGGGAGGGAGGGAGAGAGACAGAGAGAGAGACAAAGAGAGAGACAGUGAAAGGGAAGGUUUUUAUCCUGGGUGCACUGGGUCACCCUGAGAUGGCCACGGUCCAGAUCAAACAUUCUGGAGGUCAGUAUCUCACGUCCGUCGAUUGUGUUGCGUCAGUUUGGGUUAUGUGUGUUAUCAGAUGAUUUUGGAUUAAUUUAACACUAUAGAACUGUACGGCUACAUUCCAGCAGUUUUUUUGUUGCCCAGUAUGUAUUUUGACCUUAAUGUAUUUUAAUUAAUAAAAGUGAUAUGAAGGAAUCAAAAUAGUUAAAAUGCUAGCUGACGUCUAACCUUCAAGGGUUCAUGCUGACAUAAUAGGAAUAGGAUUAUUAUAUUUUAUGACAGUAGAUAAACCUGAUGAUAAAGCAUUUCUGAAAUAUAGAAAUGUGUAUAAUAUAAGUAGAAAUAUAUAGAUAUAUGCAGUAAGUACUAUAUCUCUUUGGAAAUAGUUUGUUAGCUCAAGCUGUCCUGUCAUUCUGCUGUGACAGUGUUCUGUGAGAGCGUGAGGAUAAAGGUAGACUCGGCGAAAUGACGUUGCCAUGAGCAGCACCGCAGAUAUUGAGAUGAGCAAGAUGCAAGACUUCGCUCUUACACAGUCACACAGUCACACACAAUAUAUAUAUUUAUAUGUUCUUAUUCCAUUCCUUUACUUAGAUUUGUGUGUAUUAGGUUUUUGUUGUGGAACUGUUAGAUAUUACUUGCUAGAUAUUGCUGCACUGUCAGAAAUAGAAACACAAGCAUUUCGCUACACUCGCAAUAACAUCUGAUAACCAUGUGUAUGUGACCAAUACAUUUGAUUUGAUUUGAUUUGAUUUAUCUGCGCAUGUGCACGGGUUAGCUUCAUGCUGUUACAGCGUGGUAGCCAGGACACCAAAACAGUGGAGAAGUUGAGCCUCACGCUUCAACGCUCUUAGUUGUUACAGAAAUUGACCCACUAUGCUGUUUACUUUUUGCAUCUACGUCAUAUCACUGAGACUACCUUUAAGUUUUGCUGGGUUUAUAUGUGACUGUUUAGAUUACUAUCCCCUGUUAUGCUAACGUUUAAAUACUCAGAUUAAGUCACUAUCUAAUACUACUGUAAAAGCUUCUGCUGGGAAGUGGUUUUUGUCCGAUCAGAUAAAUGGUUUUGUUUUGUCUCACUAUCCUUGGGAAAAUACAGGAUUUAUUGGCUUGGGAAAUGUGUAGCUAUUGUGGCUUUUCUAAACCAUGCUGACAAAAUGCUGACUUGUGUGUUGGCUAUAAAGACUUAACAGGAUUAAAAUCAUCAGUUUAUUGCACACUUCUAUUCAGUGAUACUAUAAUUUAAUCUAUACCUCUUUCUUUUCUCCUUCCAGAUAUUCUGGCAGAGCAAGGGAGCCCUCUGCUCCAGGACCAGGAAGUCUUACCCUUCACCAGCUAUCCCAGCAUGCAAUACCCCUCGGUGGAGCCCACCAUGUCCUCCCCACCAAUCUACUCCAGUCAGAACUACUACCCCCAGUACAGCAGCGAUGAGUGGUACUCACCCACAGGGAUGUAUGAACUGAGGAAAGGACCCCAAGAGGGCACUUAUAAUGCUGAAAUGGAAGAGGCGUCCACCGUAGUGCCUGCGGUGUGCAAGAGAACCCGGCACACAUCCCACACAGGCAGGGUCAAAGGGGAGGAGCUGUGUGUGGUGUGUGGGGACAAGGCAUCUGGGUACCACUAUAACGCUCUCACCUGUGAGGGGUGUAAAGGUAUCAAAUCAAUAUAUUUUUUAAUGGUCACAUGCUUUGUAAACAACAGAUGUAGACUAACAGUGAAAUGCUUACUUACGGGCCCUUCCCAACAAUGCCGAGAGACAGAAAAUACAGAAAUAUUAGAAAAGUAAUAACAAUAAUAUAAUAAAAGUUAUAAUAAAUACACAAUGAGUAAUGUUAACUUGGCUAUGUACACGGGGUAGCAGUACCGAGUCGAUGUGCAGGGAUUUCAGGUAAUUGAGGUAAAUAUGUACACUAUCAGUCAAAAGAUUGGAACACCUAGAGUGAGGGGAAAAAGUAUUUGAUCCCCUGCUGAUUUUGUACGUUUUCCCACUGACAAAGAAAUGAUCAGUCUAUAAUUUUAAUGGUAGGUUUAUUUGAACAGUGAGAGACAGAAUAACAACAACACAAUCCAGAAAAAUGCAUGUCAAAAAUGUUAUGAAUUGAUUUGCAUUUUAAUGAGGGAAAUACGUAUUUGACCCCUCUGCAAAACAUGACUUAGUACUUGGUGGCAAUCACAGAGGUCAGACGUUUCUUGUAGUUGGCCACCAGGUUUGCACACAUCUCAGGAGGGAUUUUGUCCCACUCCUCUUUGCAGAUCUUCUCCAAGUCAUUAAGGUUUCAAGGCUGACGUUUGGCAACUCGAACCUUCAGCUCCCUCCACAGAUUUUCUAUGGGAUUAAGGUCUGGAGACUGGCUAGGCCACUCCAGGACCUUAAUGGGCUUCUCCUUGAGCCACUCCUUUGUUGCCUUGGCCGUGUGUUUUGGGUCAUUGUCAUGCUGGAAUACCCAUCCACGACCCAUUUUCAAUGCCCUGGCUGAGGGAAGGAGGUUCUCACACAAGAUUUGACGGUACAUGGCCCCGUCCAUCGUCCCUUUGAUGUGGUGAAGUUGUCCUGUCCCUUUAGCAGAAAAACACCCCCAAAGCAUAAUGUUUCCACCUCCAUGUUUGACGAUGGGGAUGGUGUUCUUGGGGUUAUAGGCAGCAUUCCUCCUCCUCCAAACACGGCGAGUUGAGUUGAUGCCAAAGAGCUCGAUUUUGGUCUCAUCUGACCACAACACUUUCACCCAGUUCUCCUCUGAAUCAUUCAGAUGUUCAUUGGCAAACUUCAGAUGGGCCUGUAUAUGUGCUUUCUUGAGCAGGGGGACCUUGCGGGCGCUGCAGGAUUUCAGUCCUUCACGGCGUAGUGUGUUACCAAUAGUUUUCUUGGUGUCUAUGGUCCCAGCUGCCUUGAGAUCAUUGACAAGAUCCUCCCGUGUAGUUCUGGGCUGAUUCCUCACCGUUCUCAUGAUCAUUGCAACUCCACGAGGUGAGAUCUCGCAUGGAGCCCCAGGCCAAGGGAGAUUGACUGGUCUUUUGUGUUUCUUCCAUUUGCGAAUAAUCGCACCAACUGUUGUCACCUUCUCACCAAGCUGCUUGGCGAUGGUCUUGUAGCCCAUUCCAGCCUUGUGUAGGUCUACAAUCUUGUCCCUGACAUCCUUGGAGAGCUCUUUGGUCUUGGCCAUGGUGGAGAGUUUGGAAUCUGAUUGAUUGAUUGCUUCUGUGGACAGGUGUCUUUUAUACAGGUAACAAGCUGAGAUUAGGAGCACUCCCUUUAAGAGUGUGCUCCUAAUCUCAGCUCGUUACCUGUAUAAAAAAACACCUGGGAGCCAGAAAAAUCUUUCUGAUUGAGAGGGGGUCAAAUACUUAUUUCCCUCAUUAAAAUGCAAAUCAAUUUAUAACAUUUUUGACAUGCGUUUUUCUGGAUUUUUUUGUUGUUAUUCUGUCUCUCACUGUUCAAAUAAACCUACCAUUAAAAUUAUAGACUGAUCAUUUAUUUGUCAGUGGCAAACGUACAAAAUCAGCAGGGGAUCAAAUAAUUUUUUCCCAGACUGUAUUCAUUCAAGGGUUUUGCUUUAUUUUUACUAUUUUCAACAUUGUACAAUAGUAGUGCUCCUGAGUAGUGCUCCUGAGUGGCGCAGUGGUCUAAGGCACUGCAUCGCAGUGCUUACUGUGCCACUAGAGAUCCUGGUUCGAAUCCAGGCUCUGUCGCAGCCGGCCGCGACCGGGAGACUCAUGGGCGGCGCACAAUUGGCCCAGCGUCGUCCAGGGUAGGGGAGGGAAAUGGCCGGCAGGGAUGUAGCUCAGUUGAUAGAGCAUGGCGUUUGCAAUGCCAGGGUUGUGGGUUCGAUUCCCAUAGGGGGCCAGUAUAAAAAAAAAAAAACAUUAAUGUAUUCACUAACUGUAAGUCGCUCUGGAUAAGAGCGUCUGCUAAAUGACUAAAAUGUAAAUGUAGUGAAGACAUCAAAACUAUAAAAUAACACAUGGAAUCAUUUAGUAUCCAAAAAAGUGUUGCAAAAACCAUCAAGCGCUAUGAUGAAACUGGCUCUCAUGAGGACCACCACAGGAAUGGAAGACCCAGAGUUACCUCUGCUACAGAGGAUAAGUUCAUUAGAGUUACCAGCCUCAGAAAUUGCAGCCCAAAUAAAUGUUUCACAGAGUUCAAGUAACAGACACAUCUCAACAUCAACUGUUCAGAGGAGACUUUGUGAAUCAGGCCUUCAUUUUCGAAUUGCUGUAAAGAAACCACUACUAAAGGACACCAAUAAUAAGAAGAGACUUGCUUGAGCCAAGAAACGAUCAAUGGACAUUAGACCGGUGGAAAUGUGUCCAAAUUUGAGAUUUUUGGUUCCAACCGCUAUGUCUUUGUGAGACGCAGUGUGUGCGAACGGAUGAUCUCCGCAUGUGUGGUUCCCACCGUGAAGUAUGGAGGAGGAGGUGUUAUUGUGUGGGGGUGCUUUGCUGUUGACACUGUCAGUGAUUUAUUUAGAAUUCAAGGCACACUUAACCAGCAUGGCUACCACAGCAUUCUGCAGCGAUACGCCAUCCCAUCUGGUUUGAGCUUAGUAGGACUAUCAUUUGUUUUUCAACAGGACAAUGACCCAACACACCUCCAGGCUGUGUAAGUGCUAUUUGACCAAGAAGGAAAGUGAUGGAGUGCUGCAUCAGAUGACCUGGCCUGCACAAUCACCCGACCUCAACCCAAUUGAGAUGGUUUGGGAUGAGUUGGACCGCAGAGUGAAGGAAAAGCAGCCAACAAGUGCUCAGCAUAUGUGGGAACUCCUUCAAGACUGUUGGAAAAGCAUUCCAGGUGAAGCUGGUUGAGAGAAUGCCAAGAGUGUGCAAAGCUGUCAUCAAGGCAAAGGGUGGCUACUUUGAAGAAUCUCAAAUAUAAAAUAUAUUUUGAUUUGUUUAACACUUUUUUGGUUACUACAUGAUUCCAUAUGUGUUAUUUCAUCGUUUUGAUGUCUUCUACAAUGUAGAAAAUAGUACAAAUAAAGAAAAGCCCUUGAAUGAGUAGGUGUGUCCAAACUUUUGACUGGUACUGUACAUAUAACUAGGAAUAAACAGUAUCAGCUGUGUAUGUGAUUCGUUAAAAAAAAAUUGUGCAAAAAGGCUCAAUGCAGAUAGUCUGGGUAGCUAUUUGGUUAACUAUUUAACUAACCAUUUAGCAGUCUUGGGGGUAGAAGCUGAUCAGGGUCCUGUUUGUUUCAGACUUGGUGCAUCUGUAACGCUUGCAGUGCGGUAGGAGAUAGAACAGUCUUUGACUUGGGUGGCUGGAGUCUUUGACAAUUUUUUGGGCCUUCCUCUGACUGACACUGCCUGGUAUAGAGGACCUGAAUGGCAGGGAGCUUGGCCCCAGUGACGUACUGGGUCGUACGCACUACCCUCUGUAGUGCCUUGCGUUCGGAUGCCAAGAAGUUGCCAUACCAAGCGGUGAUGCAGCCAGUCAAGAUGCUCUCAAUGGUGCAGCUGUAGAACAUUUUGAGGACCUGAGGGCCCAUGCCAAAUCUUUUCAGCCUCCUGAGGAGGAAGAGGCAUUGUCGUGGUGCCCUCUUCAGGUCUGUGUGGACCAUGAUAGAGCCUUAGUGAUGUGGACACCGAGGAACUUGAAGCUCUCGACCUGCUCCACUACAGCCCCGUCGAUGUGAAUGGGGGUUUGCUCGGCCCUCCGUUUCCUGUAGUCCACGAUCAGCUCCUUUGUCCAUUAAGGGGGAGGUUGUUGUCUCGGCACCACACUGCCAGGUCUCUGACAUCCUCCUCAUAGGUUGUCUCAUCGUUGUCGGUGAUCAGGCCUACCACCGUUGUGUCAUCAGCAAACUUAAUGAUGGUGUUGGAGUUGGGUGCGGUCACACAGUCGUGGGUGAACAGGGAGUACAGGAGGGGACUAAGCACGCACCCCUUAGGGGCCCCUGUGUUGAGGGUCAGGGGGCGACCUGUCAGGAAUUCCAGGAUCCAGUUGCAGAGGGAGGUGUUCAGUCGCAGGGUCCUCGGCUUAGUGAUGAGCUUGGAGGGCACUAUGGUGUUGAACGCUGAACUGUAGUCAAUAAACAGCAUUCUGACAUAGGUGUGCCUCUUGUUAAGGUGGGAGAGGGCAGUGUUGGUUACAAUAGACAUUGCAUCAUCUGUGGAUCUGUUGGGGGCAGUAUGCGAAUUGGAGUGGGUCCAGGGUGUCUGGGAUGAUGGUGUUGAUGUGAGCCAUGACCAGCCUUUCAAAGCAUUUCAUGACUACAGAUGUGAGUGCUACGGGGCAAUUGUCAUUUAGACAGAUUACCUUGGCAUUCUUGGGCGCAGGGACUAUGGUGGUCUGCUUGAAACUUGUAGAUAUUACAGACUGGGUAAGGGAGAGGUUGAAAAUGUCAGUGAAGACACUUGCCAGCUAGUCAGCGCAUGCUCUGAGUACUCGUCCUGGUAAGCUGUCUUGUGAAUGUUAACCUGUUUAAAGGUCUUACUCACAUCAGCUACAGAGAGCAUGAUCACACAGUUGUCUGGAAAAGCUGGUGCUCUCAAGCAUUGUUCAGUGUUGCUUGCCUCGAAGCAAGCAUAGAAGGCAUUUAGCUCCUCUAAAUCCGACUAGUGUCAGAGCCGGCGUAGUAGGAUUCGAUCUUAGUCCUGUAUUCACGCUUUGCCUGUUUGAUGGUUCGUCAGAGGUCGAAGUGGGAUUUCUUAUAAGUGUCCGGAUUAGUGUCCUGCUCCUUGAAAGUGGCAGCUCUAGUCUUUAGCUCGGUGUGGAUGUUGCCUGUAAUCCAUGGCUUCUGGUUGGGACAUGUACGUACAGUCACUGACUGUGGGGAUAACGUCGUCGAUGCACUUAUUAAUGAAGCCAAUGACUGAUGUGGUAAACUCCCACAACGAACCCACAACCCUGGCGUUGCAAGCGCCAUGCUCUACCAACUGAGCUACACGGGGCCAUCGGAUGAAUCCGAAACAUAUUCCAGUCUGUACUAGUAAAACAGUCCUGUAGCUUAGCAUCCGCUUCAUCGGACCACUUCACUGGUACAUCCUGUUUGAGUUUUUGAUUGUAAGAAGGGAUCAGGAGGAUAGAGUUAUGGUCAGAUUUGCCAAAUGGAGGGCGAGGGAGAGCUUUGUAUGCAUUUCUGUGUGUGGAGUAAAGGUGAUCUAUAGUUUUUUUUUGCCUCUAGUUGUACAGAUGACAUGCUGGUACAAUUUCAGUUUCCCUGCAUUAAAAUCACCGGCCACUAGGAGUGCCUCCUCUGGAUGAGCAUGUUCUUGUUUGCACCGUCUUUUUCUCUUCCAAGUCUCGGGGAUUAAGGCCUGGUCCGGGGUGAGCAGUAUGUCCUGCGCUGCCGACUCGUUGAAGUAGAAAUCUUCCUCCAAAUCGAGGUUAGUGAUCGCUGUUCUGAUGUCGAGAAGCUCUUUUCGGUCAUAGGAAACGAUGGCAGAAACAUUAUGUAUAAAAAAAGUUUAGCGCACAAAAACACAAAAUAGCUGAAUUGGCCAGGAGCCUGUAAAACUGCAGCUAUCUAUUCCAGCGCCAUUCUUUUUUGUAAGAACAGUAGUUUAGUGUUACAUUUAGAUCAUAGCUGUAGACAUUGAAGUGCUAUGGACUGCAAAGAUAGUGCCAAAAAAGAGUAUCUUCCACAUUCAGCAUUUGAGAAAGCCCUCUAUGGAUGGGCCCACAUCUUCUCAAAGGCUGUGCAUAUCACUUCUGGUGAGGUGAUUCUACAUGCACAAGUGAAUUAAAGUCUUGUUAACAGCUGAACACUUAUUAAGCCUGCGGCUUGUUGGUUUAGUAAUGCUGUUUCACAGGGGAAAUGUAAUUGUGAGGAGGGAGAGACGUUGAUGCCACAAGUGACUCAUAAGAAAUGUGUUAUUGAAAGAGCUAGUAGUUGAUAAGAAUGUUGUUUUUGACUGGCGUUGCGUUCAUAGAGGACUAGAAUGAAAAGAGAUUACAUUAGGUGAUCAUUAGUUGACCUGGUGGUGAUAAGGUUCUGUUUAUCUUCAGUUCUUUUGAAGAUUACUCCACUGCAGUGGGAAGUAAGGCGGUACGGUCCGGUACAGCAUACCGGCAAAUAAAUAGUGGUGGUAUGCCUUACCGGUAAAACAUGAGCCUAUCACAAUAAUUAAAACAAAAUGUACAGAAAACUGUAGGCUAUUACACCACUUUCUAUCAUUAUCGCAAGUCAGAGGCAUGGAAAAUCAACGAAUGGGCUUGAAAACGGGUGGUAGACUAUAGCCUACUCUCCAAAAUGCGAUGUGGUUAGACUAGAACGCAGACAUUUUGCCAAGGCAGAGAAGAGUGGUCGACACCGAGACGCGCACAGACAGCAGUGGAUGCAUCAAUAUUAUAUUUCCUCAUGACAAGGAAAAAUUAAUGAAUUGUUUCUGGACUUCACACAGUGCCAAGUAAGCAUUACUUUACAGCAGCUCUUCAUGUACAAAUUGUGACAAACCACAACUAACAAACCACAACUAACAAUCCAUCUUUUAACUGUUUUACGACAACAUCGUUUUAUUAUAUUUUGUGUAAAACCCCAGGUGAAUGGGUGCAAGUGUAAUUCCACCCUGUUGGGGUGGACAAUGGCAAGGUUGUGGUCACUGGGCUGUCCUGCCUCAUGUCUGAGCUUAGGUUUGUGCCUCGUUGGUUCACCCUCCGGAUAGGGUUCCCUCUCAGCUUUCAUCUGUAUAAUGGCGGAGGGAACCGGAGCUAAGCAAUGUUAAUGUGUGUCAUUGUACUCAUCACCCUGCACUUGAAUGUCUAAUUACCUGUUAGUACUAUGAGUUACACUGUUGAAAGGGGUUAAUGUUAAUGGUUUGAAGCACCCCUUGGGCAUAUGUCAAGGCCAAGGGCAUAUGGCAUAGAUCAGCUACAAUCCAAUGCCAUCAUUCCAUUAGAGGUGUAGUUUAUGGGUGACCAUGUACCUGUAUCGCGUCAUAGUAUUUGUAGGGCAAGUCUAUCAGGUUUAUUCCAAUAUUGAGCUAGUCAGUUUCGAGGACACUUCACCUUCACAGUACAUAAUAUCACUAGUAUUUCAUCAUAUCACCAAAGACUGAGGUCACUGGGUAAUAGUGUUGAUCACUGCCUUCAGGCUUCUUCAGGCGGAGCAUCACCAAGAACGCUGUGUACAAGUGCAAGAAUGGAGGGACCUGUGAGAUGGACAUGUACAUGCGGAGGAAGUGCCAGGAGUGUCGUCUCCGGAAGUGCAAGGAGAUGGGCAUGCUGGCAGAGUGUGAGUAUCAGCCCCCGCAAACAGCUGUUCUCCAUGAUACUGUACCCAUGAUGCCACUCUUAAUGGUACAGACUGUGAAGUACUGGUAUUAUGAAUAAGGAAAGGGAAUAAUAGUCAAAGGAAACCAUAAACCAUCAUUACUGAAAGAUGUACAGUACAUUUUACAGAAAGUUCAUGACGUAGGGAGGAACCUCCAUGCUUAUUCACUCUUGAUGGUCUUUACUCCAGAAUCCAUGUAGUUGCAGCAUUAGCAAUGCGUGGGUAAAAUCACUGAGGAAGCCAAGCCAGUAAAAAAUCCAAAUUACAACCUAUGUUGUGAUAAUUGCGUUGUUUGCUCUAUAACCCAUUCGUUCAUACGCCACCAUGAUAUAUAAUAAGGCCAUGACAACAAAAAGACAACAGUCACGCAGUGGUGGAAUGAAUUCAACUACACAUCCGUUUGUUUCAUCACAGACCGGAGAGCAACAUCUGUCCGGUGAAGUCCACAAAGCAAAUAUUGCAUGUAGCUGUCACGAUUUCCUCCGAGGCUGCCACCUCUCCUUGUUCGGGCAGGCUUCGGCGUUCGUCGUCACCGGCCUUCUAGCCACUGCCGCUCCUCAUCUCAUCAUUCCAUUUGUUUUGUCUUGUCUAUUACACACACCUGGUUCAUAUCCCCUCAUCAGUACCUGUAUAAGUGUUCCCUCUGCCCCCUUGUCUUUGUGUGUGAUUGUUCAUUGUAGAGGAUAUAUAGCUCAGUGGAGCUAGAUUUGGAUUGUGUAUCGCCGGGAUAUUCACCCGUGUGCCUUGUCUUCCCCAGUGCGCCGUUUACCGCACUGGUGUAUAUUACGCAUUGCUGCGUACCUCUGUUUAUUUGAAUAAACCAUUUAUUCCGUGAUUUCCUCUCCUGCGCCUGACUCUGUCCUAAAUCACCCGCUACAGUAACAAAUAGUUAUAUGACCUGCAACAUGGUCAAGCAAGUUAAAUGUUUUCGACAGUUUACUAAACAACUACUGAUUUAGAACCAAGGAGUUACCGGAAGUCAGCACAACGACAACAGGAGCACUGCCUCCGCUAUUUCAGCACCAUUUCAUACAUUGUCACGUAUACGCCGGGAGUCAGGAAGCAGGUGCAGAAGGUGAGUUUAAUAAUGAAGAAUGCGGAUAAACAAAACAUGAGAAGCGUACAGACCGUGAAUGAAAACAAACUAAUACUGCCGGAUGACUGAGGCUACUGAUUGCUAAAUAAAGGGAAGGUAAUCAAGGUGAUGAUGAAGUCCAGGUGUGCGUAAUGAUGGGGAGCAGGUGUGCGUAAUGAUGGUUCCAAGACCGGUGGUUAGUAGACCGGCGACGUCAAGCGCUGGAGAGGGGGAGCGGGUGUAGGCGUGACAGACAUUUAAACAUCAUCAAAUCAUCAAGGCUAUAUAUGCUUAGAUUAAUACACUGAAAACAAACUUAAAGAUACCAAAAACGAUUCAGUCCAAUCAUGUGGCUGUCCAUGGUACUGAGUUCUGUGUGUGUGUGUGUGUGUGUGUGUGUGUGUGUGUGUGUGUGUGUGUGUGUGUGAGCACACAAGUAAAACACAUUUCUGACUACUGUACUUGUAGACUAGUUGAAUGCCAAAGCCAUCCUCCUCUCUUUCAUGUUGGCAAAACGGUCUAUGGCUCUGUCAUACAGUAUGCUUUUAGUUUUUGUUGUCAUAGGCUACCUAGCUAAAAUUCUUGCUAGCCUAACUUCCUCGCAUGGGCAACAAUGAACCAGCUAAGUUAGCUAGCUACACUACAUUACGAUCUCGACAAACCAUUUCUGUAUGGACCUCGCUUUAUGCACGGGGGCAUUGUCAUGCUGAAACAGGAAAGGGCCUUCCCUAAACAGUUGGAAGCACAGAAUCGUCUAGAAUGUAAUUGUAUGCUGUAGCGUUAAGAUUUCCCUUCACUGGAACUAAGGGGCCUUGCACGAACCAUGAAAAACAGCCCCAGACCAUUAUUCCUCCUCCACCAAACGUUAAAGUUGGCACUAUGCAUUGGUGCAGGUAGCGUUCUCCUGGUACCUCCAAACCCAGAUCCGUCCGUCGGACAGCUAGAUGGUGAAGCGUGAUUCAUCACUCCAGAGAACGCAUUUAAUUAUUUUAUGGAUCUCCUACACUCUUAGAAAAAGGUUCCAAAAGGGUUCUUCGGCUGUCCCCAUAGGAGAACCCUUUUUGUUUCCAGGUAGAACCCUUUUUGGGUUCCAUGUAGAACCCUCUGUGGAAAGGGUUUUAUAUGGAACCCAAAAGGGUUCUACCUGGAACCAAAAAGUGCUCUUCAAAGGGUUCUCCUAUGGGGACAGCCGAAUAACUCUUUUAAUAUUGCGUGACUAACCAUAUUGCUAUUUCUUAUGUGCAACAGAAUAUCUUGCCAACGUCAGGAAAUUAAUUUGGUGAUAACACCAUCUCUUUGAUAUACUACUAUGUGCAUUUUUACGUGAGAGACUAUAUUGCAGGUUUUAUUAACUCAUGGUACUUGUUACUUGAUGCACAUACUAUACGGUAUUACCUGCCCGUACAAAAAUGAAUAUUCAAACCCUUUCUUUUAAUUCAACUGAAGCACGGGCAUAUCUAAGGGCACCUUUAAGAAUAAGUGCACCUGCUCUUUCCCACUAGAGCAGGGUUCCCCAACUGGCGGAUCGCGGGCCGAAUUUAUUGGACCCCAAGUUUUCUGAGCAAUUGUUGUUUUCAGAAUAAAAUACUGAUAAUAAUUGGGUUGGACAUAAAAGAGUGUAAAACACCAGCCAAUCAGCUCCAAGGGAUUAGGAUUUAGGAAACCUGUUCCAAAGUAUUCCCACGCAUAAUAAAGAGAUAUAAGUGAUUGUAUAUGCACAUUUAAGCAAGGUUUGAAAUUAUUAUGUUUUAGUCAAAUAUUAUAUCUCUUUGGGCUACUUGCGGUCAAUUUGCAGUCUACUAAUUAUUAUUUUUAUUUUUUUUUAUUAUCUUGGAUUUCUUCAGUAGUAUUGAAUGUGACCAUUCAUGUAUCCAUUUACUUUUUAUCAGUUUAGGAUCAACAUGGUUAAAACAGAGCUAUCACACUCUCAGUAUUUGAUUCUGAUUGACGUGUCUAGCUGUGAUUGACGUGUGUCUAGCUGUGAUUGACAUGUGUCUAGCUGUGAGCCUGACCCCCUGACUAUCUCUUCAUAAGACUGUGUGAUAGCAUCAUACUGUUCUUUCAAUGCACUGGAGGCAGUCUCAGAUCAUAGCAGAGAACUGUCUUUGUGGAUUCUGACACAACUGCUUUGAAUUCCACUGAGGGAAAGUGUGUUAUACUUCUCACAAUAGAAAGGUCUCACCAUUGUUGCUCUUAAAGGAAAGACUGUGGAAAGAUAGGAGGGAGGGAGGGAAGAGAGUGGGGGGAGUAGGUGGACAGAGUUUGGCUCAUGUUGCUCAUAAAUGUUGUAAAGAAGUUGGGAUGAAUAUUGCAGGUAGCAGGCGUUCAACAGCCCUGUCUGUUGGCGCUACAGUGCUUCCUCCGCUGACUCCUGUUAGGCAGGUCUGAAUGGCUCUCAUGGCCUGAUCUCGCAGUCUCCUUUGGUCUCACUGUAAAAAGAGCCAAUUCUGAAAGGUCUUCAUUCAAAGGAAACAUUGAUCAUAGAUUUUUCCCUGGUUUGGCAGAACUUUACUGAAAGGAGUAACAUUGACAUACUCCCUGCAUAAAAUACAGGGGUUGUAUAAUUUAGAAUAAUAUCACACUGAUAGAAUUUGUAAUAAUGGAGAAAUCCCCAGUUGUCGAAAAUAGUUCCCUAAUUAUCUUAACUUUACAUCUGUGCUAACUGCUUACCUUAGGUGAUAAUCGUUGUUCAAAAUGUACUCAAUAACUUUCUCAAACCCAUAGCUAUACUAUGAAGCCACUUUAAUAAAAUAUCAAACGGCCUGCUGUAGCACUGGGCAUCAGGCCUGGCUGGCUGUCUACAGUGCAUUCACAAAGAUAAUCAUUAUUGAACAAGUAGGGGUGAAAUUCUCCUUCAACACUUUGUGUUUGAACCCAUCAUGUAAUUCUGUGUUGUUGUUGUUUUUAUCGCACUGCUUUGCUUUAUCUUGGCCAGGUCGCAGUUUGAAAUGAGAACUUGUUCUCAACUGGCUUACCUGGUUAAAUAAAGGUGAAAUAAAAUAAAUUAAAAAAUAAUCAAUGCUCACAGGUCUGCUGACAGAGAUCCAGUGUAAAUCUAAAAGGCUGAGGAAAAACACCAAGGCCUCCCUGGGAGAGUCCACUGGGGACGAGACAGAGGGGGGAGACAACGGAGACACCAAACAGGUCACCUCCACCACCAAACUGUCAAAGGUAAACUCUCCCCCUUUUACUCUUUAGAAUGUUUUUUUGCUCUUCAAAAUGAGCGACAUGUCAGUGAUUCCCAAUUUAGGAAUCUAAAUACUAUCUACAAAAUUAUUUUAGAUGUUUAUAAACUCAGACAAAAUAACUUUUUCCUGAAAGACCUUUUCUUUGUUUAAAAAAGUGAUUAUUCGUUUUUCUUUGAUUGUCUAUUUUUCUUUAUCUAAAUAUAAAUGCCCUACACUGAUUACUGGAUAUGGGAAUUGCAUGAAAAUGAAGAAAAAAAAGUUCCUCAGCUGCAGUUUUCUUUGAUCCCCAUAAGCCAAAUGUUAAAGUAAACUAUGAAUAUUUAAACAGUUCUAAAGUCCUGUUGCCACCAAGGGAUUGUAUUACUCACAGCUAAGACUGACACUUUACAAAGUAUGACUCCUAAAUAGCCCUAGUGUUAUACAGAAGAGAUUCAAAACGGAUAGCUAAUGGUUUUAUUGCAGGAGAAGCUUGAGCUCAGUCAAGAGCAGCAGGCGUUCUUGAGCUUCAUCGUAGAAGCUUACCAGAAACAUCGAAUUCCUCAAGACAUGGCCAAAGAACUGGUACGUGAUAUCUCCUACAAUUCUAGGAAAUUCUGUCCCACUGGGCACAUACGUCAGUUCAAUGUCUAUUCCAUGUUGGUUCUACAUAAUAUCAGUGAAAUGACGUGGAAACAACUUUGAUUCAACCAGUAUGUGCCGAGUGGGGUGUGUUUUUCACCAAGCCAUAGUGUAUGCUUUACAACUCAAACAUGUUCAUAGUUCAUGGAAGACAGCAAGAGACCCUUGCAACAUAUCCCAGAACAGAUAUGACUUACACCACAUGCUCUCUAUCCCAGUAGAAGUAAGACUGUUUUUUCCCCUCAAGUCUUAGAUGAAGUUACAUAACACUCCUUAUCAGCCAGCAGUGUCACUUCACCCAUAUUCUGUAAUGAUAUCCCUUUUGUGUGCCCUUGUUGUUUCUCCAGCUACAGGAGCAGUUCAAUGCAGAAGAGAACUUCCUCCUUUUGACAGAGAUGGCCACCAGUCAUGUUCAAGUGCUGGUGGAGUUUACCAAAGACAUUCCAGGUCUGGACUUCUAUUAGGCUACGAUGAUCAUUCCAAUAUUUUCUAUAUAUAAAAGGUUUAAAUAAAUAGAUUACUCCCAUGGAUUAUCAGUCAACAUCGAUAUCAGUCAACCUCUGGCCUUUUGUACCUCGGUACUCCAUACUAAUAGUCUAAUCGGCUCCUUGACACAUCAUAGCAACAUGAUAACAACAAAUAACUUUUAUGACUUAAUAUAAUAGGACCGAGCAGGUGUUGACAUGGGUCAUCAUUGUGAUUCAAGACUGUGUUCGCCAACUGAGCAAAAGCCGAGGCAUUAACUCAGGGAGCUAACACAAGUGUUUUUUCGUUGUUUUUAUAUUACCUUUAUUUGACCAGGGAAGACAUACAGUAUGAGACACAAAUAUACACAUUUUACACAAAAUAUACAUAUAUACACGUUAAAAUACAAAAACACAGUCAUGGGAAGCACAAAUAAAACAUCACAAAUCACCCAGAAAAACAGUUACAUUCCUCCACAAAUAAGUCCCCAAUCAAUACUCUAAACUGCCCGAACGGCACCAGAACAUUAAGAUGAAUUGUAUUUAGAAUGUUGUUCCAGCAAUACAGUGCAUUAAAUAAAAUCAGAUUUACCUAGCUCGGUGGAGACCCUGGGAACCUCAAGAGUUAACCAAUCUUGUGAACGGGUUAGGCAACUCAGGUGUGUAUACUUCAACAGCAAAGUUAGAUAAGACGGAAGUUUAUGAAGUAGGGCCUUGUAAACAAAGAGUGAGUAAUGUAGAGAUCUAUGGGUCUUUAGCGAUGUCCAGCCAACCUUUUGAUACAGAAUGCAGUGUUGAGUAUCAAAACUGUCACCAGUAACAAAAGAAAGGGCACUAAGGUAGAUAGCAUCUGAAGGUUUAAGAGUAGUAGCAGCUACACUUUGAUAAAUAACCUCACCGUAAUAAAGAACAGAUUGACUGAAUAAUCUGCUUCCCACUGCUUAGAGAAAGGCACAAACUGUUUCUGUAGAAAAAGCCAACUUUAAAUCUUAGCUUCUUAAGAGCUAAUCUAUAUGUUUUUUAAAUGUCAAAUCCAUAUCAAUCCAAAUGCCUAAGUAUUUAUAUGCGGGAACACGUUCAAUUGGAGAACCAUCUAAUGUAGUUCAUCUGAAACAUUCUUACGAGAGUUUAAAAACAAUAUGUUUUAAGUUUUAAAUCAGCAAGGGAUUCCUGCAUAGCUAUAAAAUCUGACUGUAGUUUUGACACAGCCAGAUCAACAGCCGGGGCAAUAGCAUACAUAAUAGUAUCAGCCGCAUAUAAAUGAAGUUUACAAUUUUUAACAGAUUGACCAAUGGUGUUUAUAUAAAUAGGGAAGAGAACAGGUCCCACAAUCAACCCCUGUGGUACACCUUUAUGCACUUCAAGAAAUUCAGACUUAACCCCAUCAAUCACGAUGGCCUGAGUUCUGUCACUAAGAUAAUCAUGAAACGAUGAACAUGUGUCAGAACUCAGGCCUAUUGAGGACAACUUAUUCAAUAAAAUAGCAUGAUCAACAGUAUCAAAAGCUUUUGACAGGUCCACAAACAAAGCAGCACAUUUCCUUUUAGUGUCUAAAGCAUUGACAAGAUCAUUAACAAGUGGUUGGUGUAAUAGUGCUAUGCCCAGGCCUAAACCCUGAUUUGUUUACAUUCAAAAUAAAUGUAUCAGAUAAAAAAGAGCAAAGUUGGACAUUUACCAAGGACUCAAUAAUCUUAGCUAGACAAGGAAGCCUUGCAAGGUCUCAGGCAAGGUUACUCAUCACACAAGCGUAGUUCACCAAACCAACUCUGUUACAUUACAUUGAAAUGGAAAGGUAAGUCUUCCUUAACUAAUCUCCCCUGACUGUGUGUGUGUGUCUGUGUGCGUGGGUGGGUGCAUGUGUGCAGGUUUCUCAGCCCUGGACCAUGAGGAUCAGAUAGCUCUGUUGAAGGGCUCGGCAGUGGAGGCCAUGUUCCUGCGCUCAGCACAGGUGUUUACCAGGAAGCUACCCCAUGGACACACAGAGGUGUUGGAGGACAGGAUACGCAAGAGUGGUGCGUUCAUACUGGGAAACUGGCGCAUACAAGUGAAAAUACUACAACAAUACUCCAAUAUCCAUCCACAAGUCUACUACUGCUGCUAGAACUAAAUGGAGGUUAUCAUUAUCAUUAUCAUUAUCAUUAUCAUCAGUAACAUGAUCCUCGAAAACAUCUUCAUUGUAAACAUCAUCAUCAGCUCAAUCAUCAUCGUGAACAUCACCCUAAAAUGUCAAACAAAUGUUUACCACAAUCCAUGCUUGGUAUGAAACAUUCAUGUCGUUGGUAGGUUUCCGGCACUUUUAUCCACCACACACACGCGCGCGCACACACACUCAGGUCUGCUGUGAAUAAUGGAUAGGACUGCUUUAUCUGACGAUCUAGCUGACGAGGCUGGCAGCCUAGCAGUGUACUGACCUGUUGAUCCUUGCCCAGGUGUGGGUUACCCGUGUAAACGGACCCCUGCCUGUCGGAUAGCGUUUCAUUCCAUUGUGAGCGUGUAUGGGCAAUGUGCCAGGCAGGGUGGUAAAAGAGGGAUGUCUUCAGGUGCUAGCUAGACUGUAUCAGUUAGAGCUAUGCCCAUGAUUUAUUGUCCAUAAACGUUGGUAUUGUUGGGUAUCGGAUGGCAGUGUUGUGUGAGGUGGCAUGAAUAAUUCACUAAACAUCCAAUUAAUUGUACUGGUCAUAACACAUCAAACGGGAGGAUCUUGCUUUGACAUUCUGAUAUUUGCUUUAUGCCAUUGGCAUUCAUGGAUUUGUGUGUAUAGUACACAAGACAACACAUCACCCCAGCGGGCAAAGCUGGUUAAAAUGACAUCCUUGAAACCAGUUUGCUCACUGAAACCAGUUUGCUGACUGGGACAUUACAUUAAUUACUUUUAAUAGAGAAGCCCAUAUUUGUGAAUCGAUGAUUGGACCUUUUUGUUGUUGAGAAAUCUUCAUACUAAUCCCUAACUAAACUUAUUUCUACAUCUUUAUUGAUAUAGUUUUUAAAGAGUGCUGCAGUCUGGCUGUCUUGAUAUAUAAAGUCUACUGUAAUGCUUUUAUAUGCAGUCAUAUCUGAGCUGUCACUUUGACACCCUUGGUUGUACAGUUGAAUACAGAGUGGUAGAGAUGGCCGCUAUGUGUGCGUCACUACGUCCCUUGGUGCAGGUCCUGAGUGAAUGGAUUAGUUGAGAGAUAUUCAAGCUAAAGGCCAGUCUGAGGGAAAAGAGAGAAAUGAUGUCUAAAGAGGCUAUUGUUCUUUAUCUAAACAUCGAGAGCUCUAUUGUCCACCACUCUCCCUCUUUGUGCGCUCCUGGCAUUUCUGAAGGCUUAUGGCUCUGUGAUGUGAUGUGACUGACUGGAUAGGGUGGAUUUUUAAAAUGGUUUUGGUGGUAGUAGUGGUGGAGGUGGGGGUUGUCCUAUUCUCAGAUUAUUUUUUAUGGAAAUCUGUAAAAGUCUAAUGGUAUCCUCAAAUGGUAUACUACCUCUAAUCUUUAUCACAUAUUUUGGUUCAUUACAGUGGGACUUUAUGGGAAUUAUAUUAGGUAUCACCUUUGAAAAAUGUUUGAACCCAUUCCCCUCAGUGAUCUAUACUGCCAUCUAUGGACGAUACUGCCAUCCAAUGGUUGUGUAUUGAUCAUGCACCUCCGCAUGUUUUCCAGGCAUAUCAGAGGAGUUCAUUACACCCAUGUUCACCUUCUACAAAAGCAUUGGGGAACUCCAGAUGAUGCAGGAAGAACACGCCCUCCUCACUGCCAUUACCAUCCUCUCACCAGGUGAGCUGCCACCUGGUCAUGUGGCACAAGUUAAAAUGUCAUGGUCAAAUCAACUGAAAUCAACUCGACUAUUUGGUUUGACGUUACUUAAAGAUGAUUGGGCCUUUUUAAAAACAUGUUUCGAAUGCCCCCUAUCCCUCCUUCUUAGCUAGCGAUGGCUAAAAUUAUCUGGAGUUUGUAAACCGAACCAUGGAAUACAGCUUCUCUUUCCCCAUAGACUACUUUCAGGGUGAGAAACGAUCUAUCCUUUAGUUGUAAAAUAUUGAACUUCCCCUUUCAUCUCCUCUACAGACCGGCCAUACGUGAAGGGCCAGCAGGCGGUGGAGAGGCUGCAGGAGCCCAUGUUGGAGGUGCUCAGGAGGUUCUGUGCCAUGCAGCACCCGCUGGAGCCCCAGCACUUUGCCCGUCUCCUGGGCCGUCUGACCGAGCUGCGUACCCUCAACCACCACCAUGCCGAGAUGCUCACCUCUUGGCGCAUGAGCGACCACAAGUUCACACCCCUCCUCUGCGAGAUCUGGGAUGUACAGUAAAUGGUACAUAUAGGCUGCAUGGAUGGACGGAUGGAUGGGUG